AUGAAAUUUUCAAUAUCAGAGAAAUAUUUGCUUGAGAAUUACGUAAAAGGAAAGAAGUUGACCCAUUGUGUGGUUGCAUUGGCGGCACUUGCUAUCUUUUUCUUUGGUUAUGAUCAAGGUAUGAUGGCAGGUGUCAAUACAUCUCCAGAUUAUGUAGGUAAAAUGAAAUAUGGGUAUUUUGAUAAAAAUGGAGAUGUUACAGUUACCAAUUCAACUAGGCAAGGUGGUAUAGUAGCAAUUUACUACUUCGGUACACUUGUUGGAUGUGUAUUUGGAGGCCUAUUCUCAGAUCGUCAAGGUAGAAUUAAAGCUAUUGCACUUGGCGCGUUAAUUGCAAUAUUUGGGGCAGCAUUACAAUGUGCUGCACAACAAAUGUCGUGGAUGUGUGGUGCAAGGUUUGUUAAUGGCAUUGGUACUGGUAUUCUUAAUGCCGUAGUUCCUGUGUAUUCUUCUGAAACUGCAGAACAUACAUCUAGAGGUGCAUUCAUAGCAAUAGAGUUCACCUUGAAUAUUUUUGGUGUUUGUGUUGCAUACUGGUUGGAAUAUGGUUUAAGUUAUAUAGAUGGUGGGUUUUCAGCAUUCCAGUGGAGGUUUCCAAUUGCUUUUCAAAUUAUUCCAUUACUUGUGUUAUUUGGUAUUGUGUGGUUCUUUCCUGAAUCACCACGGUGGCUCAUUAAAAAUGGUGAAGAGGACCACGCUAAGAAAAUUCUUCUAAAUAUGAGAGGUGUAGAAAGAGGCAACCAAGAGUUUACUGAAAUUGUAGAUGCCAUGAGGUUUGAACAAGAUUCAGCUUUAUCAUCAAGCUACUGGCGUAUGUUUCUCGGGUAUUUCCCCAGUAAAGACAGCAAGAAAUCUGUCAAAGCCAAAACACUUCACAUCGCAAGACGUGUACAAAUAGUUAUAUGGAUGCAAAUUCUUCAAGAAUGGGUUGGAAUUGCUGGUGUUACAGUAUAUCAACCAGAGAUUUUCAAGCAAGCCGGAUUUGGAACUCGUAAGUCCGCUUGGUUAAGUGGACUUAAUAAUAUAUUCUACUGUUUAUCAACAUUGAUAAAUUUUUUCACAGUGGAUAGAUUCGGUAGAAGAUUCACAUUAUUUUGGGGAGCAAUAGGACAAGGAAUAUCCAUGUUUUUGGCAGGCGGAUUUUCAAAACUUCAGCAAAACAAUCCAAAGAAUUCAUCUUAUGGUGCUGCAGCUGCAAGUUUUGUAUUUAUUUAUACCUCAAUUUUUGGAGCAACAUGGUUAGCCGUUCCAUGGCUUUAUCCAACUGAAAUAUUUCCAUUAAAAGUUAGGGCCCAGGGCAAUGCAUUUGGUGUCGUCGGGUGGUCUAUUGGAAAUGGGUGGUUAACGCUUUUAUGUCCGAUUAUGUUUAGUAAUAUCGGGGAAAAAACGUUAUAUAUAUUUGGGGCAUGUAAUUUUCUUUCGCUUGUUUUAGUAUACUUAUUCUGCCCCGAAACUGCCAACAGAACCUUGGAAGACAUUGACUAUUUAUUUGCAAACGAUAGCUGGUUAGCAUCGAAAUCGGAAGCUGACUUUAAGAGAAUAAAGAUUGAGCAAGUAGAUAAACAGUUUGAACCUGAAAUCCAAACUAUGGAUAUUGAUAGUUCUGAAAAGGAGAAGCUUCAGACUGAGCAUUAUGAAUAA